CCCCACAGAUCUAAUUGUUGGUGCAUUUGGAGCUGGAAAAGUAGUUGUUUACAGAGCAAGACCAGUUGUGACGAUAGAUGCUCAGCUUCUGCUCUCCCCAGUGAUUGUAAAUCCAGAAAAUAAAACAUGUCAGCUUGCUGGCUCUAUGACUUUGGUGGCCUGUUUUACUGUAACAGUCUGUGCAGGUUUUCAAAGUCCAGGUUUUUCAGAUAAAAUAGUUCUGAAAGCUGAACUACAGUUAGAUUCACUAAAAACCAAAGGAGCUGUUAAGAGGACUCUCUUCCUUGAUUAUCAUCAGUCACAGCAUGUCUUCUCCUUUACGUUAUCUACACAGAAUUGGCUCACUUGCAGGAACUUUGUGGUUUAUCUUAGAGAUGAAACUGAAUUUAGAGAUAAAUUGUCUCCAAUCAACAUUAGCUUGAACUAUAGACUGGAUGAAUCCACAUUUUCAGAUGGAUUACUUGUGAACCCAGUAUUGAACUACUACCAAGAAAACAGACUGGAGGAACAGGCAUACAUUCUUGUGGACUGCGGAGAAGACAACGUGUGCAUUCCUGACUUGAGACUUUCCGUUAUGCCAGAUAGGGAUCAGAUUGUAAUUGGGGAAGAAAACUAUCUCAUGCUUACAGUCAAUUCAAGAAAUGAAGGAGAAGGUGCCUAUGAAGCUGAGCUGCAUAUAAAAAUACCCCCAGAAGCAGACUACACAGGUGUUGAGCGGAAUAACAAGGCACUACGUGUGCUGAGCUGUGAUUAUAAGAUGGAAAAUGAAACUAGAACGGUGAUUUGCGACCUUGGAAACCCCAUGGCAGCUGGAACAAAUUUUUCUGCAGGCAUAAGAUUUACUGUUCAGCAUCUUGAAAAUCCUGAAUUGAGCAUUCAAUUCCAGCUCCAAGUGAGAAGUUCCAACAAAAUUAAUCCCAACAGUAAUUUGGUUGAAUUUAAGAUUGACAUCAGUGCAAUAGCUCAAGUACAGAUCAGAGGAGUUUCUCAUCCUCCACAAAUUGUAUUGCCAAUUCAUAACUGGAAACCAAAAGAUGAACCUACUAAAGAAGAUGAGAUUGGACCUUUGGUGGAACAUAUAUACGAGUUACACAACAUUGGGCCAAGUGCCAUAAAUGAUACAGUCCUGUAUGUGGAGUGGCCAGUGUUGAGCAAAACAGAACUCCUUCUUUACAUCCUUCACAUUCAGACGCAUGGACCUCUGCAGUGUCAAACAAGCUCUGCAAUUAACAGUUUGGAAGUAAAG